AUGAGACCUCAAUUAAAAUAUAAAGACAACUCUGGUGUGGCUAAAGAAUCAAGAUAUUUAAGCGUCUUUGAAGGCUUGUCCUGGAACAAUUUAUUGAUAUUUGAUAUAGAGACUAAAAAAUCGAAAGAAAUAGGCAUUCCUGAUUCAGGCUCACUUAUGAAGCAAGAAUCAUUAAUUACCCUUCUGCCAGAUGGCGAUUUGUUUUGUGUUGGUAAAGGAGACGAGUAUUCAGACUCAAUAACUCAAGGAGCAUGCUUCAUUAUUGAUAAAAAGUGCAAUAUCAAACAAAGCAUAAACUUAAAUUUUUUCAAAAAAGUCUUAUAUGCAAUCUAUUAUGAUGGUGAUAUAUAUAUCUUCGGGAGUGACCAAUAUUGACUCAAAAGAAUCCAAGUAAAAAAAUAUUCAUUAAGAAAAAAACGCUUUUCUAGUAUGGGAGUUAAUGCUAAUAGGCUGACUUUUUCAUGUUGCGAUGUUUUUGUAAAUGCCAUAAUUCUUACAGGCUAUGAAGAAAGAUUUAUCUGUAUAUAUGAUAUAUUUUCAAAUAGUUUUACAGAACUUUCACUGGAUUUGAAAGCAUAUUCUGCCAAAGUUAUUUGUAGUAGAGACGAUAAAGCGUAUAUUAUUUCGGUUUCUGAAGGAAUUUAUGAAAGUGGGUUAUUCAAUCCUUAUGAAUGGACGCUUUUAAGCAAAACAAAUAUAGCCUCAUGUCAUUGCUAUGGGCUAAUUGCCAAUUAUAAAGAUUGCUGCUAUUUCUUGCAUGGAAAGACUUAUUAUUGGUUCAAUUUUAAUGACAAAGCACUUAAUCGAGUAAUUAGAGGCCUUUUUUAA